GGAGACCACGUGUUUUUGAGAGUCACUCCUGUGACUGGUGUUGGACGUGCCUUGAAGUCAAAGAAGUUGACUCCGAGAUUUAUUGGUCCGUAUCAGAUAUCGGAAAGAGUUGGAACGGUGGCGUAUCGAGUGGGAUUACCACCACAUCUUUCGAAUUUGCACGAUGUUUUCCAUGUGUCGCAAUUACGGAAGUAUGUUCCGGAUCCAUCUCAUGUGAUCCAAAGUGAUGAUGUGCAAGUCAGAGACAACCUUACGGUAGAGACUUUACCGGUGAGGAUUGAUGAUCGGAAAGUGAAGACGUUGAGAGGCAAAGAGAUACCCCUUGUUAGAGUCGUUUGGGUUGGAGCGACUGGUGAAAGCUUGACGUGGGAGCUUGAGAGUAAGAUGCUGGAGUCUUAUCCAGAG